AUGAGCACGGGAGAUUUUUUAAGCAAGGGAAUAGAGCUGGUCCAAAAGGCCAUUGACCUGGACACAGCGACGCAGUAUGAGGAGGCUUAUACAGCAUACUACAACGGAUUAGAUUAUUUGAUGUUGGCUUUGAAGUACGAGAAAAACCCUAAGUCGAAGGAUUUGAUAAGAGCCAAGUUCACAGAGUAUUUAAACCGCGCAGAACAAUUGAAAAAGCACUUGGAAAAUGAAGAGGCAAAUUCUGCGAAGAAGUCUCCUAGCGCUGGUAGUGGCUCCACCGGUAAUAAUAAGAAAAUCUCUCAGGAGGAGGGCGAGGACAAUGGCGGUGAAGACAACAAAAAGUUGAGAGGUGCCUUAUCGAGUGCCAUUCUAUCUGAAAAACCUAAUGUUAAAUGGGAAGACGUGGCUGGACUUGAAGGAGCCAAAGAGGCUCUUAAAGAAGCUGUUAUUUUACCCGUCAAGUUCCCACAUUUGUUCAAAGGUAACCGCAAACCUACUUCAGGAAUCUUGUUAUACGGGCCACCAGGUACAGGUAAAUCAUAUUUGGCAAAGGCGGUGGCCACCGAGGCCAAUUCUACCUUCUUCAGUGUUAGUUCGAGUGAUUUGGUUUCUAAAUGGAUGGGUGAAUCUGAAAAACUUGUUAAGCAGUUGUUUGCCAUGGCAAGAGAAAAUAAACCUUCCAUUAUUUUUAUUGAUGAAGUGGAUGCGCUAACAGGUACUAGGGGCGAAGGAGAGAGCGAAGCAAGUAGAAGAAUCAAGACAGAAUUGUUAGUACAAAUGAACGGUGUUGGAAAUGACUCCCAAGGUGUUUUGGUCCUUGGUGCAACAAAUAUUCCAUGGCAACUGGACAGCGCCAUCAGGAGAAGAUUCGAAAGAAGGAUAUAUAUACCAUUACCAGAUUUGGCAGCAAGAACCACCAUGUUCGAGAUCAACGUCGGUGACACACCAUGCGUAUUGACCAAGGAAGAUUAUAGAACCUUAGGAGCAAUGACUGAAGGUUAUUCCGGGAGUGAUAUUGCUGUGGUAGUAAAAGAUGCGCUAAUGCAACCUAUAAGAAAGAUUCAAAGCGCAACGCAUUUCAAAGAUGUCUCUACGGAGGAUGACGACACAAGAAAACUAACACCAUGCUCUCCAGGUGAUGAUGGCGCCAUCGAAAUGAGUUGGACGGAUAUCGAAGCUGACGAAUUAAAAGAACCAGAUCUCACCAUAAAGGAUUUCUUGAAGGCCAUCAAAUCAACAAGACCUACCGUAAACGAGGAUGAUUUGCUGAAGCAAGAACAGUUUACAAGAGAUUUUGGUCAAGAAGGUAACUAG